AUGGGCAAGACAAAGACAAGACAGCCAUACCCCUUCUGGCUCGGAGGCGUCGCUGGAUCUAUGGCGGCAUGCUGCACCCAUCCCCUGGACGUUAUGCGAGUGCGAAUGCAGACGGCCGCUAAGAAGCCGUCGUUCGUUGGGUCGAUCAAGGAGGUCCUCGCACAGAAUGGCGCACGAGGACUGUACACUGGCCUCACGGCGAGUGUGUUCCGGCAGAUGACGUACAGCCUCACAAGGCUGGGAGUGUACGACAGCAUCAAGAACAAGAUUUCCAAGAAUGGCGCAAAGCAACUUGGUAUGGGCGAGCUCACAGCGUGUGCCAGUGCCGCCGGCGCUCUGGCUGGCCUGGCCGGAAACCCAGCCGACGUGGUUCUCGUGCGCAUGAUCACCGACCCCACAAAACCAGUCGCCCAGCAGCAGCACUACCGCAACGCCAUGCACGGCCUGUACCGCAUGGUCGCAGCUGAGGGUGUCGCCUCCCUCUUCCUGGGCAUGACGCCCAAUGUCGUGCGCAGUGUUAUCAUGAACGCGUCCCAGCUCGUUAGCUACGACAAGUUCAAGGACAUGCUCGCCGGCUUUGGGAUGAAGGAGGGCGUUGGACUCCACUUUUCGGCUUCUGCUCUUGCCGGUACUUUCGCCACUACUGUCUGUGCGCCCGCCGACGUCGUCAAGAGCCGCGUUAUGAGCGGCUCGGGAAUGAGUGUCAUGCAGGUCCUCACCGAUAGCUUUAAGCGCGAAGGGCCCAUGUUCCUCUUCCGCGGGUGGUUGCCCGCUUGGAUCCGCCUUACACCCAACACUAUUUGCACGUUCGUGUUCCUCGAACAGCUUAGGCACGUCGUUGAUAUCGUGCGCGAGCGGCCCCUCGUCGAAGCCGCCGCCGUUGUUGCGCCGCUCAAGUAG